UUAUGGUUAAAACUUAUAUAAUUAAAAAAUGUUUUUUAGAAAAUGACCGAUCGUUUCGCUAGAUAAGAUCUGUAUUCCUCAUCUGGGAUCGCGUAGAGCUCUUUGAAGCUGCACUGAAACUGUAAUUUUCACCUUCAACCGUUUGGAGUCCAUUGAAGUCCACUAUAAGGAGAAAAAUCCUGGAAUGUUUUCAUCAAAAACCUUAAUUUCUUUUCGACUGAAGAAAGAAAGACAUAGACAUCUUGGAUGACAUGGGGAGUCCUAGAGUGAGGCCCAGGCUCCAGCAGGCCUUGGAGAGCACCGGCAUGAUGGAAGGGGGUAUGCAGCUGCUGAACCGGGAUGGCCACAGCAUCUCACACAACUCCAAGCGCCACUACCAUGACUCCUUUGUGUCCAUGAACCGCAUGCGGCAGCGUGGCCUGCUCUGCGACAUUGUGCUUCAUGUGGCCAACAAGGAGAUCAAGGCACACAAGGUGGUGCUGGCCUCCUGCAGUCCAUACUUCCACGCCAUGUUUACAAGUCAGCAGGUGCCUGGUUUUUCCUAUUGCUCGUCAGCCCCGCUGCACCUCAGACUAGAGUGUGAUGAUGAGAUGUCAGAGAGCCGUCAGACCCACGUGACCCUGCAUGACAUUGACCCUCAGGCUCUGGAGCAGCUGGUGCAGUAUGCCUACACUGCCGAAAUCGUAGUAGGAGAAGGAAAUGUGCAGACCUUGUUGCCAGCAGCUAGUCUCCUGCAGCUCAACGGAGUGAGAGAUGCCUGCUGCAAAUUCCUCCUCAGCCAACUGGACCCCUCAAACUGCCUGGGCAUCCGUGGUUUUGCAGACACUCACUCCUGCAGCGACCUUCUCAAGUCAGCCCAUAAGUACGUCCUACAGCACUUUGUAGAGGUCUCGAAGACUGAGGAGUUUAUGCUUCUACCUCUCAAACAGGUGCUGGAUCUGAUCUCCAGUGAUAACCUGAAUGUCCCAUCAGAGGAGGAGGUGUACAGGGCUGUGUUGAGCUGGGUCAAGCAUGACAUUGACGGGCGGAGGCAACACGUGCCCCGGCUGAUGAAGUGUGUACGUCUGCCCCUGCUGACACGAGACUUCCUGAUGAGUAAUGUGGAUACAGAGCUGCUGGUGCGUCACCACUCCGAGUGCAAAGACCUGCUGAUCGAGGCACUGAAGUAUCAUCUGAUGCCUGAGCAGAGGGGUGUGCUCAGUAACAGCCGCACCCGACCGCGUCGCUGCGAGGGAGCCAGUCCGGUCCUCUUCGCCGUAGGUGGGGGCAGUCUUUUUGCUAUUCAUGGAGACUGCGAGGCCUAUGACACCAGGACUGACCGCUGGCACAUGGUUGCUUCUAUGUCAACGCGGCGGGCACGAGUCGGAGUGGCUGCUAUCGGAAACAAGCUCUAUGCUGUGGGCGGGUAUGAUGGCACCUCUGAUUUGGCUACUGUAGAGUCAUAUGAUCCAGUAACCAAUGUGUGGCAACCUGAAGUGUCAAUGGGAACGAGGAGGAGCUGUUUAGGUGUGGCGGUUCUGCAUGGGUUGCUAUAUGCAGCAGGAGGAUAUGAUGGUGCUUCCUGUCUCAACAGUGCAGAGAGGUAUGACCCUCUGACCAGUACCUGGACCUCCAUUGCUGCCAUGAGCACCAGGAGGAGAUAUGUUAGAGUGGCCACAUUAGAUGGCAGUUUGUAUGCUGUCGGUGGGUACGACAGCUCCUCACACUUAGCCACAGUAGAAAAAUACGACCCUCAGAGUAAUGCCUGGACUGCCAUUGCCAACAUGCUGAGCAGGAGGAGCAGUGCAGGGGUGGCUGUACUGGAAGGCAUGCUUUAUGUUGCGGGGGGCAAUGACGGUACCAGCUGCCUAAAUUCAGUGGAACGGUACAAUCCAAAAACCAACACCUGGGAGGGAGUGGCUCCCAUGAACAUCCGCAGGAGCACCCAUGACUUGGUCGCCAUGGAUGGCUGGUUAUAUGCGGUUGGAGGCAAUGAUGGCAGCUCUAGUCUCAAUUCUAUAGAAAAAUACAACCCUCGUAGCAACAAGUGGGUGGCGGCGUCUUGCAUGUUCACACGCCGUAGCAGCGUGGGAGUCGCUGUCCUGGAGCUCCUCAACUUUCCACCUCCGUCCUCUCCUACACUUUCCGUCUCCUCCACCAGUCUUUGACAAAGGGUAAAAACCCGGCUU